GAAAGAAAAAAUCAGAUUGCUUGAGAAAUACGUGCCCAAACCCGAACUCCUCUCUUUACCCCAGCGCUUUGAGAUUCUCUGUUCAAGCCACCGGAAAGUAGCUGCCGCCAUGGUUUCAUCGAAGGACGGCGACGUUAGUUGCAGUCCUUCAUGGAGCCCCGCCGUUAAUUGGACGGUCGCUGGUGGCUGUUUGGAGAAUACAGUUGCUUACGAAUCCUUCUAUUCUCCGAUCAACGACGAGGAGACGGUUGAAUCCGAUCCCAAGCUGCCUCUUAUUCUGCGCCGCCCCUCACCAGAGUCUGGUCCCUGCGAGAUCACUCUUUGUUUUGCGGAAAAACACGAAAUCCGACAGGUUUAUGUUAGAAGCACUGCCCGAGUUUAUGAGAUGUAUCACGUUACCAACACUCAAGAUGAAAAUGAGUAUUUUUGUACUGUUCGUUGUGGUGCUGCUUUGAGAGACGAAGAAGUGCUUCACACAGAUGGAAUUGAAAGUGUGUCUGCACAUCUAAAUGGGUCUAAUGGUGUCGUGGCUGAGGCAAGUUCGAAACGUGAGAGUAAUUUGAACACAAAUGAAGAUGAAUGGGUUGAAGUUAAAGCUCCUGAUGGCCCGACCCUUGUUCAUAAAAGUGACUCUUCUACAUCCAAGUCUGGUGCAAAUUCAGUGAUGAUUAGGCAGGACUUGUACGAGGCUACGGCAGAAAUAACGGAUGCAAAUCCUUGCACAUCUCUUACAAUCCGUCUGCUUUCACUUCAGAAUAAAAGUCUUGUAUAUGUAGAUGAAAUCUAUGUGUUUGCAAAUCCUGUUGAUUUAGAAGAAGAGAGCCCGGCCGAGAAUUCGGCUCAAAAUUCUCAAAGUUCUUUGAUGUCCAUGCUUGUACCAACCCUUCUGCAGUUAUCUAAAACUACUAGCAGUAGUAAGAACAAUGAUGGCCGUAAUUCUAAUCCAGAGGGAGUCCAUUUAUUACCCAAGAUUAGGUCAGAACCUCUUAAUUCAACCAGUAGUGUAACUGGACUUUGGCAGCCAGAAAAGUCUUGCGUAACCGUAGAUGAUGAAGUCAAAUUACAAGAAGAAAAAGAAUCUGAUACAUCUGUAUGUCAGCCUGAUGUGCAUUUACAAGUUCCUGUUAAAGAUAAAAUGCAUAAUGAAAACGAACCUCUACUUCGUAUUGAAAACAUUUUGGGCCAGCUUGUUUGUCGAAUGGACAGAAUAGAGAAUUGCUUUCUAAGGUUUGAAGAAAAUAUGCUAAAGCCCAUUAACAGCAUUGACGGGAGGCUAAAGCAGGUUGAGCAGCAACUUGAAAUUUUAACUAAGGAGUCACAUGGUUCAGAAUGGCCAUCUUGUUACAGAAUGUCUGCUCCAAGCUUUUCUGCUAACGGAUCAAGUUCUAACUCCUUCUAUAACAGUGGGAACGAUCAUCCAAGUUGUGGACCAAUUGAGGCAGAUCGGAAGGAAAUACAUUCAGUUUCAUCACCCAUUCCACUUGAUAUAUCCAACUCAGUGGAUUCUUCUCUGUUGCGUCCAAGUCUCGUGGUAACUGCUCCUGAGUUUUCAAACAUUGAUGAUGGUGAUCAGGAGUGCGUUGUGGCUUCUGCUCCUGAGUUUUCAAACAUUGAUGAUGGUGAUCAGGAGUGCGUUGUGGCUACUGCUCCUGAGUUUUCAAACAUUGAUGAUGGUGAUCAGGAGUGCGUUGUGGCUACUGCUCCUGAAUUUUCAAAUGGUAACGAUGACGACCAAGAAAAUCAAAUCAGGGAGGUUCCAGUGGAUGCGUCGAAGAGUAAAGCAAAGCCAUCCCUUGAUGAUGCAUUGGCAUCUGCUCUCGCGCAGUUUACAUUAUCAUCAUCUUCUAUCAGCACUCCAGAACAUUCGGAAACUGUAGCGGUUAAGCCUCCAGACCUUCCAAAUGAGGAUGGAAACAAUCACAAGAAAUAUUUAGCAAGUAAUCUGUCUACAAGUGAAAUAGACCAUACAAGCUGUUCCCAUGAAAUUGAUGACAUACAAUACACGAAAAAUUCAGCUUCAGCCUCUCUGUCUUCUGCCAAUGGCUGGAACUCUAGUCCUUCUCAGCAUGAUUGCUCUGCUAAAAUUGGUGAUGGAGAUGGCGAACAAGUUCUUGAAUGCCAGGAAUGCAUGUACGAGAAAGUUAAUAGCGAAGUCGGAACUGCUUUGGAUGAACGAAGUGUGCUAGGAAUGGAGGCACUUGGAAAUGUGGAAGUUGUUGAUGAAACAAAUGAAGAUUUUGUUUCAGAGAAGAGUAUUCUUAUCCACCCUUUUCCCCAUCAUCCUGACAACGAUUCAGAUAAAACUAAUGUCGAUGCCAAUGCUGAUGCCAAUACCAUCGAAGUUACGAAAGGAAGCCAUGACAUAGACAUAGUCCACGAUGUUCUCGGAUUUUCUCGUGACAUGUCCAUUGUGAAUUUUGAGAUUCCAAUCCUGGAUGUAAGCUUCACCUCCAAGGCGGAUUCGUCUUCCGACAACAACCUCAAAGAACUUCUCGGGGAAACAACGGAAUCAAGUCAUGAAGCGUCUUGUCCCAAAGAAAGUGAUGAUGUUACUCCCUUUGGCGAGCAAGGUGAGCUCAUUUUGGUUGAGGAAGAGGGGCAGGAGAAUACUUCCUCAACAAAUGGCCCCAUAUCGGUUGAUAUGAACUAUUACACCAUCAUGAGUGAUCCUCUAAUUGCUGCUGAUGGCGAAAAUCUGAAGGAUUACCAUAACAAGACAGUCAUCUGGAAUCUUAUAUGAUUGUUGUUGUGGAUUUGGAUGUGAAUUUGUAAUUAUAUCUUUUUUUAGCCCAUAAACAAUUUUAGUUUACAUUGGUAUUUGCUUUUGAUC